AGCUGCCCGCGAGAAGCAAUGCCGGUGAUCCCGCGGCCGUGUUCGCCGCGUCGCAAAUCACGAUCAGCGUCGGCGGAUCGAGAAAAGGGGUCCCGUCUCGUGCAAGCUGCCGCCAAACCCCAGCAUGCCGCCACCACGGGUCCCGUGCUCGUGUACCAGGUCGCAAAGCCCGCUAGCUGCGAGUCGUCGGGCCACAGUCCGGUGAUCGUGUACCAGUACCCGCGAGGGCCCGACAGCCCGUCCAAAUCGCCGUCGCGAACGGCCAGCAGCAGGUCCUCGCGAAGCGGCCGCGCAAACGCUUCUCCUCACUCUCCUCCAUCGCCGCCGAGCCCUCCGACGCCGCCGCGAAGACCGCCCGUUUCUCCGACCGAGGAGCAGCCGGAGCCGAAGUCGUGCUGCAUCAUGGACCGCAUCGAGAAGAAGUACCAGGAGUCGUCGAGCCAGCUGGACGGGCAGCACCUGUACGUAGUGCUCUGCUUCCAGUCGGCCAUAGCUACGCUGCUCUUCCUGCUGUUCCUGUGCGUGCCGGUCGCCAUGAUCACGGUGGGCGCGCUCAACCUGUCCAACUGCCGGCUGAGCUACGCGAUACCGCUCUGCUUGACCGUGGCCGGCUGCGCCUACCUGCUCAUACCGCUGCUGAGCGCUGCGCUCGACUGGAACGCUAGCAACAGCUACUGCCCGGUCAUGAUAUCGGUGCUGGUAGUGGUGGCCAUGGGAGCCUCGACCACGGGCUCUGUGUUCGUGUUUUCGGGCAUGUGGCCCUCAGGGAAGCCGGACGACCCCCGGUACUGCCACCCGGCCGUCUACUACUUCUCGUUCGUCAUGUGGUCCACCUUCAUCGUGUUCAUACCCGUCAUGCUCGUCGUCUCCGUAGUGGUGUUCCGGAAGUACGGCAAGCACAACGUCCACGCGGCCACAAUGCCGUCGUCUAGAUAUUGACAUUCCGCUGCUCCACCCGUUUCAUAUA